ACUUCGCGUUCCCGCCGCCAGUUGUGCUCUGUUCUGCUCUCUCUCUCUCUCUCUCUCUCUCACCCCCCCUGUCUGCUCUCACAACUCAAUCUCAUUAGGAAAGCCAACCAAAAACCGCAUUGAACAGUGAACGCGCAAAGCAAAGCUAAGAAGAAGUCAAGAAACUCCCAACUCCAAGCUCUGCCUCCUCCCUCCCUUCCUUCCUCUGUGUCUGUUUGAAGAAGAAGACGAAGACCAUAGCACGGCCCAGAGCCGACCCCAGAGAAGCAGCACCGGCAGCAUACAUACAUAUAGCAGUAACCAAGUGAAGGAAGGGAAAGUGAGAGUUUCUCCGAUGAUGGCCAAACCAAAGAAGAAGGUCGCUUACAUUUCUGUACCAUCUCAGAUUAUCAACUCCCUCGACUCCUCCUCCCUCCAAUCCCUCCUCCUCUCCCCCUCCUCCCCAAAGAAGUCCUCCUCUUCUUCCAGCUGCUUCAGCUUCACCAGGCUUCUCAGCUCCUGCCGGCCCAGGAGCUGCCCUGCUCUCUGGUUCUUGGCCCUCUUCCUCGUCUCCCUCUUCGGCAUCCUCAAAUCCGGCUUCAAUCUCAUCCCUUUCUCUCCCUACCCCUGCAGUCCUAUUAAUACUGCCGCCCUUCUGACUUCCCAGCAGCCUUCGGAGGGAGAAGGAGAGGGAGAUCUUCCCUCUAUAAGCCCCAUGCUCCCGGGGUUCGCCCCAAGCGAGUUAUUAAUGGAGGGGGAGCUCUGGAAGCAGCCCGACGGGAUGGGGUACCGGCCAUGCCUGCGGUUCAGCCAAGAGUACAGGAGAGGGACGGAGGGGAUAGUGAAGGACAGGAGGAAGUAUUUGAUGGUGGUGGUCUCUGGUGGAAUGAAUCAGCAGAGGAAUCAGAUAGUGGAUGCCGUCGUCAUCGCCCGGAUCCUCGGAGCCGCCCUGGUCGUCCCCAUCUUGCAAGUCAAUGUCAUCUGGGGCGAUGAGAGCGAGUUCUCGGACAUUUUCGAUUUGGAGCACUUCAAGAAGGUCCUCGCUGAUGAUGUGCGAAUAGUCUCAUCACUCCCAUCAACGCAUAUAAUGACGAGGCCGGUUGAGGAGAAAAGGACCCCACUUCAUGUAUCUCCGCAGUGGAUUCGUUCCCGGUACCUCAAACGGCUCAACAGGGAAGGUGUUAUGCUUUUACGCGGUUUGGAUUCAAGGCUUUCCAAGGACCUUCCUUCGGAUCUUCAAAAGCUUCGGUGCAAGGUGGCUUUUCAUGCUUUGAGAUUCGCUCCGCCCAUUCUGGAACUUGGUAACAGUCUCGCGAAGAGGAUGCGGAGCAAGGGACCAUACCUAGCUUUACAUCUGCGAAUGGAGAAGGAUGUGUGGGUGAGGACUGGUUGUCUCCCUGGUCUGAACCCUGAGUAUGACGAGAUGGUUAAUAGGGAGCGGAGGCGGAGACCCGAGCUUCUGACAGCUAGGUCAAACAUGAGUUACCAUGACAGAAAACUUGCUGGCCUCUGCCCUCUCAAUUCUGUGGAGGUCACCAGGUUGCUAAAAGCUCUUGGAGCCACAAGGGAGGCAAGAAUAUACUGGGCAGGGGGGCAGCCUCUGGGUGGGAAAGAAGCCUUGGAACCGUUGACAAAGGACUUCCCUCAUUUCUACAACAAGGAAGAUCUCGCUCUGCCCGGUGAAUUAGAACCUUUUGCAAAUAAAGCUUCAUCUUUGGCUGCAUUGGACUACAUAGUCUCGGAGAAGAGCGAUGUCUUCAUGCCAUCUCAUGGUGGAAACAUGGGCCAUGCAAUUCAGGGAUCGAGGGCCUAUGCAGGGCACAAGAAGUACAUAACCCCGAACAAGAGGGAGAUGCUUCCUUACUUUUUGAAUUCGUCGGUUCCUGAAGCAGAGUUCAACAGAAUCAUAAGAGAACUGCACCGAGACUCGCUGGGCCAACCGGAACUCAGGACCAGCAAAGCCGGGAGAGAUGUUACCAAGUACCCUGUCCCUGAGUGCAUGUGCAACGAUGCGGAGGCAUGAAACCACGAAAAGCCUUCGACAAACAAUCAAUUAAAGGGGGAUCAGAAUUCUCGACUGGAAAUUCCGAAAGUGUUAAGCAGAUUCAUUGGAACUGAGCCCGUGGAAUGCAUGACAGGGCAAUGAUGGCCAUGUAGACUGCCUUUCAGUCCAGAGUGGGGCACCUUUGAUUAGGAGAGCCAGGCGGGUUCUGCAAAUUUUAUCAUAGGGAAAAUAUAGUAUUAGGCGGCAAUAUUCUUUUUUUUUUUCUUUAGUCACAAAAUAUUCUUUUAUUCAUUGUUGGAGAAACCUAUAGGAUCUUGUAGGUACUAUUCUUUGUGAAGCCGUUCUUUUGUAGUAGUAUUAAAGUAUUGCUACCCCCACGGUUAUCAUUAUAUAUACACAUACAACAGUCCUAAUAA